AUGACAUCGCCGCCGAAAACGACGAUGACGGCGAUGAUGACAUCGCCACCGAAGACGACGACGACGGCGACGUGGAUGUCGACCCGAUAUUUGCGGCGGUGGCAAAAGUCGGCGGCGACAAUGACGUCGCUGCCGUGGAAGAGGCAGCGGGACCUCGAAAAAGAACUGAACUAUCUGCAUUAUACAAAAAGCGCAACCCCGGCACCGAGAAAAGUGGCUGCUCCGCCACCACCAGCGGCACCAGGAAGUGCGACCGUGCCGCCACCGCCAGCGGCACCAGGAAAUGCGGCCGUGCCGCCACCACCAGUGGCACCAGAAAACGUGGCCGUUCCGCCACCACCAGCGGUAGCAGAGACCGUGGCCGCGCCGCCACCACCAGCGGCACCAGAAAACGUGGCCGCUCCGCCAUCACCAGCGGUAGCAGAGACCGUGGCCGCGCCUUCACCACCAGUGGCACUAGAAAACGUGGCCGCUCCGCCAUUUCCAGCGGCACCAGGAAGUGCGGCCGUGCUGCCACCGCCAGCGGCACCAGGAAGUGCGGCCGCUCCGCCACCACCAGCGGUAGCAGAGACCGUGGCCGCGCCGCCACCACCCGCUGCACCAGGAAACGCGGCCGCUCCGCCACCACCGGCGGUACCAGAGACCGUGGCCGCGCCGCCACCACCCGCUGCACCAGGAAACGCGGCCGCGCCGCCACCACCGACGGCGGCACCAAGAUAUGUGGACGCGGCAGCACCGUGGAACGUGGCCACGCCACCACCAUUCCCGUAUUAUCAGUAUUACGAGUAA